AUGCAUACUACAACAGUGGGUGAAUAUUUAAUUGAGUUCUGUAAUUAAUAUUCUUAAAUUAGAACAUCUAUUUGGAAUUAUAUUGCUGAAAUUUAAUAAAAUAUAUAUAGGCAUGGAAUAAUAAAGGUUAAUUAUAUAUUUAAUCAUAGGUGUUGA